AUGCCCUCCGCUGAAACACUACUGAAGGAUUUGUUCGGUUCUCAUACCGUUGAGUUGCUUCGGCAGGAUGGCAAAAUGGUACCCGCAACAACUGCUCUUGAAGGUAAGAAAUAUUUGCUUGUAUAUUUCUCCGCCUCAUGGUGCCCUCCGUGUCGUGUUUUCACACCACAACUCGCCACAUUUCAUGAGCUUUUCAGCGCAAAACACAAUUUUGAUGUGAUAUUUGUUUCACGAGACAAGGAUGAGUCCUCCAUGUCUGCUUAUUUCUACAAUCCAAAGUACAGCAGUUUAUCCGUAAGUGGUGGCGAAUGUUCUCAUGGGGACUGGCUUGCAUUGCCCUUCACACAAGCGCAGACUGUAGGAAAGGAAAUAAUGAGCCGAUAUGGUUUAAACACGAUUCCUAAUAUUCUUUUGUUUGACCUCAGCACGGAGGAGUUGGUGACAAGUGAGGCACGUCAAUUGAUUGGAUCCAACUGCCGGUCGGCUGAAGGUUUCCCGUGGCGUGGCGCCUCGGCUCCGGUAAUUUCGUUUCAAGGAUUGGCAACUGUAUUUGUUGUGUUUUUGAUGUUGUAUCAAUUUUGGCAGUCGUGGAGUUGA